GAGGCCUUGCAAAUGGCCGCCAGCGAUUAGCCAGGCUUUGACUCAAACGUCAAAAAAUGUUGUAAACAAAACCGAUUGCUCGAAGCUUGUUUGCUCUGCAGGUGAGAAUUGCAUGCCCAGACGUUCGCGUUUUUUCUAGUUCAAUUGAAAUAAAGAAAAGGCUUAAUCAAGCCACAAUAAAAGCGUUUGAGCAAUAAUGUAGAUAAUCAGUAUUGACUGUCAAUUUGACAAGCGAAAAAAUGAGUGACGAGGAAGACACAGCAAUAUUGCUGAAUGGUGGGAACCAAGCAGCUGACGUACCAGAAAAUAAACCAGUGGUUGACGAUUAUCAAUGUAUACCGGUGAAGAAUCUAAGAAAACCAAUUCCAAAACAAAAGGACAAUCUAACACCUUUGACGUCGAGGAAUCAAGACCUUCUUGUAUCAAUCGUUGCCUUUUGGGCCGGCGCAUCCUUCGGCUAUGACAUGGGUAUAGCCAAGCCCACAGCAUCUGCAAUCAAAGACGAAUUUAACUUAAGUUGUUUUGAGCAGGAGACUGUAGUUAAUGUCUGGUUCGUUGGCGCACUUCUUGGUGCUCUGUCCGGUGGUAUCUUGAUAGACAGUUUUGGCCGGCGUUGGACAAUGAUUCUCACCCUAGCACUCUUAACGUUUGGUUCCCUGCUAUCCGCAUUAUCCAAUCAUUACACUCUUCUGUUAUGUGCACGCAUAAUAUGUGGGUAUACAGGGACUGCUUCAGCCAUUGCGCAAUGUAUUUACAUGUCAGAAGUAUCAGAAUCUAACAAACGUGGUUACAACAUUACGUUACAUCAAUUUGGCACUGCGGCUGGUUUGCUACUUUCUGUAAUAGCAGGUGCAAAUAAGACCACCAAUUAUCAAUGGAGAAUCGCAAUGGGCGUAACGGCUGUACCUGCAUUGGUCACUUGUGCUAUCAUCAUUAUCUUCUUGCAUAGAUCUCCGCCGUUUUUAUUGCUACAACGUAAUCAACAUGUAGCAAGAAAAACGGUAAAAAAUCCAUGGAACAAUGUUUUGGAGAUGUUUUUCAUUAUGGCAGUUAUGUUGAUUCUACAACAAGGAACUGGUAGACGUCAGGUCUUGUUUUACGCGCCUAGACUGUUUGCAUUACUGGGAAUUUGCUCCAAUGUAGCACAGACAACCGCACUGGUAGCGCUUGGGAUCGUGAAAGUAUUUAGUACGAUACUUUCAUUAGUCGUCGUCGAACGAUGCGGUCGUCGGACUGCUCUGAUAACAUCUGCGACUAUCUGCAUGACGGCUAUAUCGCUGUUGUCAUUGCUUGCAACAUUUGAUAGAGGCGAUAAUACUCUAGACAGUAUCAAUUCUAAUUGUAUCAACACGAUCAAUGUUAACAUGGGUAAUGACAAUUUGAGGACUGGAAUUGGUAUUCCUAUGGGAUCGCCACCACCAUUCCCUCUCUUGCCAACACCAUUGGCUAUGAUUGCCCCCAGUCCAGAAACUUGGACACAAGUGAAAGCGUCUUGUGAGACUCAAAAUAUAGUUACAUCUGAAGGGCUGAAUGGUGGUCUACGUAUAUUGGCAGUCAUAACUCUUUUGGUUUAUGAGGCUGCUUAUGCGCUGGGGCUUGGUCCAGUACCAUUCCUGACACUUAGUGAAGUCUUCCCAGCAACGGUCAGAGGGAAGUGUGUUAGCUUUUCAAUAGUCAUUCUAUGGAUUGCAAAUAUUGUUGCUACAGAAUUGGUUACAAAAAUGAUAAAAUCGAUGACUUUGGCAGGUUCUUACUUAUUGUACAGUUUUAUGUGUCUCGUCACCAUAUUCUACGUUUUCUUGUUAAUACCGGAGACGAAAGGAAAGUCAUUACACCAGAUUGCACAAGAGUUGCGUAAAAUGUCUCUCUCAACUCGCGUGUGCAAUAAUUUACGUAGUUUACCUAUUGUCUGUCAUAUUGAUUGGAUAAAAAAGUAUAGUGAGAAAACUGUUAAUGGACAAAGUACACUUAUUUGAGAGUGACUGAGGCUGGAUCAUCAUGACGUAGAGUUGAAGCUGUUGCAAUAGAUAUUAGUAAUGAAAUGGACGCAUUGAAUGUAAUUAAUGAUGACAUCAAUUUCAAUUCAAAAUAAUCUUUCAACAUUAAACAAAUGAAAGUCGAAUACAUUUUUAAAAUACUAGUUGAUAAAAUAUUCUUAUCACAAAGAUUUACCAGUGCAAUACUCUCUGGUUUCUUCUGUUCAAGUAUUUCGUAAGAAUUUUAUUUCGUUCAAUCAUCAUCAUAGCGCUCUCAUGUGGCAUAUGCAUUAAAUGACAACGAAUUGAUAAUAAUUUGCUGCAAAACGAUUACGUGUAUAGAUUCACAUUUUAUUCAAUCUGAAACUUUAAGUUCAAAGUAAGAUAUAAUGAGAUGAGCAGAUGAAUAAAAAUAAUCGAAGUCGAGGACAAAAAAUCAGACGCUAACAAGAAGUCCCCAAUCGAAACAAAUAUUUAAUCAUUUAUUUAUGUUUACACAGCUAAUAUUUUUUUUUUCGCCAUGAUCAGCUAUACCGUUUAACAACGAAGUACUAAUAAGAAUUAUACAGUUUUUAUUCUUUUCUACACGAAAGUCGCGCAUACAUUACUUCCAUCGAAAGUAUUUUGUAGAUAUUUAUAUUAUCAACGUUACUUCACUUUAUAUGUAAUGAAAUAAGUAUAGAUCCCAGCGAAUUAACGUAAUAGUUGUAUAGUGAGUAAUACAGUAGGUGACAUAUUGUGGGACUGUGAUUAACGUUAAGAUGUUAUAUACAAAAUUGACUACUUACGGUGAUCAUGUUUAUUCCUUCAAAAUAAACUAAUCACAAAUGUACUUGUUAGCUGAAUGGAUUUGUUUUUUUGCACUUUCAAAAAAAGAUAUAUCUUAUAAGUUUUCACAAUUUCAGUCAGUCAUUCGCGCGAUAUCGAAUAAGAUCUGUUAUUAUUACUAUUUUUUACCGUUUUAUUAUAAGACUAAUAUUAUUUGAUAAUAUUUUUCCCAUACAAAUAACGUAAAUGGAUCAUGAUCAUCUAAACUGAAUUAAAUAAGUUUGUGUCAAAUUAUUAUUAGAGCACAAUAGGAUAUGUAGGGAAAUAUUUAUUCAUCAGAGAAUCAAUGCAAUACUUACACUUCUUAGCUAGGCAAUUUAUAAGUCUGACAAUUUGAUUAUUAGGUGAUAUUGGUUCAUAUCUAAAGACAAAAACAAUUAGAUCCGUAUUAUGUAAGUAGCAAAUGAGUUAAGCACGUCAGAAUAUUAUAGGUUUUGUUAUUAUUGGCGAAUGUUUGAUUUGGGUAAUAGUAAGAUGACUUUCCCUAUCUAUUUACUAAACUGAUUGUACUCAAAUCAAAGAAUGAAUCACUAUCCGAAUCCUUGACUCUCACCAUUUGCUAUUAAUAGGUUUUUGUUAUUUUAUAAGUCAUUUCUGCUAGACUAUUUUUCAUCUACUACUAUAUACGAUAUACUAUAUAAUUGUAUAUAUAAAGAGAUUACUACACCAUACUAUUAUUACCUGUCAUACUUUACU